AUGGCUAUUAGUCUGGCAUCGCAAGUGAUAGCUGUUUCUGCGGCACUCAUUAGUCUUGACUAUAGUCACAGAUUUACUGCCCGACCUGAACCACCUAAAGCUGAAUAUGACUAUAUAGUUAUAGGUGCGGGAACUGGUGGUGCUACUGUUGCGGCACGAUUAAGCGAACUGUCCAAUGUUCAAGUAUUACUACUGGAAGCCGGCGGACCGGGAAAUAUAGAAUCGGAUGCACCGGCAAUGGCAAACAUGAUCAUCAAAGGCCAAUGGAUUUGGAACUAUACUAAUUCCAAACAAUCAGUUGGUAUCGGUUGGAAAAAUCAAGUCAUACCGUGUGAAAAAGGUCAUGGACUGGGAGGCACUUCAUCUGUCAAUUCUAUGGUAUUCAAUAGAGGCAACAGUCGUGGUUACGAUGAUUGGUCUAAUAGAUACGGUGCUACCGGUUGGGGUUGGGAUGAUGUUCACCAGUAUUUUAUGAAAUGGGAAAAUAAUACGGAUAGUGAACUGGUGAAUGACAAUCCUGAUUGGCACAGUACUAAAGGUCCGGUUCAGAUUAGCUCAUUUGAAAAUCCAGAUCCUAUUUAUCAAUUGUUUAUCCAAGCAAAUAACGAGUUAGGCUAUCCGAUCACUGAUAUCAAUGGUCCCAAACAGGUUGGAGUGGCUAUAACUCAAUCAUUUAUUAGUGCAAGUGGUGUGCGAUCCAGUUCCUCAAACUCAUACCUCGAGGACAAACGUCGGCCAAAUCUUGACAUUAGUGUUCACUCGCGAGUAACUCGACUGCUGUUCAAUGGUUUUACUGCUAUUGGUGUACAAUAUGUCAAAAAUAAUUUCACAUUUGUUGCAAAAGCAAGAAAAGAGAUAAUUUUAAGCGCAGGUGCCUUCAAUACGCCACAGUUACUUAUGCUGUCAGGAAUAGGACCGGCACAACACUUGCGUAGUCACUCUAUACCAGUAUUGGCCGAUUUACCGGUCGGUAUUGGUUUUAAAAAUCAUCCGCUAAUUGAAUUUCGGGGGUUUAUAAAAAAUGAUUCAUUAGUCACAACCAGCCGACAACUGGAUGUCAAUGCACUGACUGUUUCCAAUCUAUACCAAUGGUUUACUAACGGUUCGGGACAGUUAAGCCAAUUCUAUGAUGGUAUAACCUAUUUUAACAGCCGUAACAAUAGAGAUAAAAAUUGGCCAGACCUAGCACUAGAAGCUCGUCUAUACUAUCAACCGAGUGAUGUCCAAUCAUUUACGGCACAGAUUUACGAUAAUGUUUACGAUUGGACACAAUAUCUGAAACCGUACGCCAAUCGAUAUUACCUUAAUUUUUUGGUUAUUCAUCAAUUGCCACGAAGUCACGGGUCGGUACACUUAAGGUCUAGCGAUCCAUUUGAUGCGCCGGUAAUUGAUCCGCGACUACUGUCUCAUCCUAAAGAUAUGGAAGAUGUUGUUGAGGCCAUACAGUAUUCACUAUUUCUGGCCGAAUGGUCAUCACUGGCCCAAUACUUAUUGCCAAUGCGUCCCAUUCCCGGUUGUAGGCCUUGUCCGCACACAUCAUAUCUAUACCGAUGCAAAUCAUACAUUAGAUGUCAUAUACUACAGAUUGCAUCUACUGAACAUCACGACUCCUGUACAGUACGUAUGGGUGAUCCCCGUAGUAAUAACACAGUGUUGGACCCCCGGCUGCGUGUUAAAGGUUUCAACAGAUUGCGAGUCUGCGACGCAUCGGUGUUUCCCAAUAUACCCAAUGCUAAUAUAAAUUCGGCCACUUUUAUGGUCGGCGAAAAGUGUGCCGAAAUGGUCAAAGAGGAUAAUCAUUAUUUUUAA